UAUCCUUGAUUUCCUUCUUCUUUCCCAUACUUAAAUAUAUAUACCCUACACACACUUCCACCAAAAUCCCACCAGAAAAAAAAAUAAAAAUUACAUUAAUAUUUUUUGAAAAAUAUAUAGAAACCCCAAAAACAGAGAAAAGAAAAUGGAGGAAGAUCUUAUAUUAUAUGGGUGUAAAUUAGCAAAAGAGAUGGAACAGAAUCUUCCAAUGCUGGCCAACCAGCCCGAAGCUCUUCUGGCAUCCUGCGAAGAAAUUAUUACCAUAUUUAAUAACGUUAAAGAGAGACUGAUCGUGUCUCAAGGGAAUAUGAUGAGUUUUCACGGCAGGGGCGGCGCUGGGAUCCAAGAAUGGCUCAGAACUGCUAGCGGCAGUUUGACGCCGGCUACUAGUGCUACUACUAGCGUGGCUCCAGAGCCCAUGGACUUGCUCAGUGCGCAGGCGAUGCUUCGUGACCAGACCAACUUCCACGAUGCUGCUAAGAUGAAAGGACUGCUGCUCGAGCAGCAGCAGUCAUCGUCGGGUCUGGAUUUUAUGCGAGGUGGUGAAAGGGACAUCAGUAGGGUUGGCGCAAUUGAUGAGGUCCAUCCUAAGACAAAUGCACCGGAUUUCAUCAAAACUUCACCUCCACGGCAUCAGAGGAGGAGUAGAAAUGAAGAAGGUGGUAAAUACGUGACGACGGUGGCGGCUCCUCAAAUGGGAAAUCUGGAUAUUCCACCAGAAGAUGGUUUUACUUGGCGAAAAUAUGGUCAAAAGGAAAUCCUCGGAUCCAAAUAUCCUAGGAGUUACUACAGAUGCACCCACCAAAAAUUCUACGAUUGCCCAGCCAAGAAGCAAGUCCAGCGCUUGGACAACGACCCCUUCACCUUCGAGCUCACCUAUCGCGGCACCCACACCUGCCACAUGUCUUCCACCGCCCCCGCCCCCGCCCCUCCGCCGCCGGAGCAUACCCUCCCGCCGCCAUCACUCCCCGCCACCAGCCACUGGCUCUCCAUGCACAUCAUCCAAGGGGCAGCGGGGAGCAGCACCGCCCCCCGCUUCCCCGACUGCCCGCUUCCCGUGGCGGACAUGGCCGACGCCAUGUUUAACUCCGGCAGCAGCAGUAGCAGCAUGGAUCUCAUCUUCUCCUCCAUGGAUGAAAAGUGGGAUUCGGAGGUGAAGAAAGAUUAAUUAAUUUGGGCUAAUUUUAAUGGAAAUCAGCGGAAUUGUUGAUUUACCAAAAAAGAUUAUUUCUCGUUAGAGUUUACUUUCUCUGAUGAAUUAACCUUUGAUUAUUUUGGACUUUGGUCACAGCUCAGUUUACCUAAAUAUUUGUCUUGUAUUCUCUAAAAAAAAAGUUGUCUUUUAUCCUCAUUGUAAUUUUGUAUAAUUUGAUUUGAUUUAUUCAGUUUUAUAAUUUGUCUUUCAAAUUAAGGCAAUAAUGGAGAAAUUAUUUGUUGUAUUCUUUCAGCAAUUGUGGAUUACAUAUUUCAAAUAUAAAUCGCUUGUUCGUGGCUUCUAGCUAGUUCUUCCCAAAAUAAAUGGCUAGUAUUUAUGUAUUUUGUUGAAAUAUAAGAAAGACUUCAUAAUAGAGAGAGAGAUUGAAUCAGAAAAACCAUCUUUCAUUUCA